CACAAGACCCCUCCUUGGUCCUGGGUUCCUUGGGAUCCCAGCCCUGAGCCCUUCAUUCUGUCCCAUGUCCCCUCAUGUCCCACUGUCAUGAUGGUCUCUGGGUGCCACAUGCUCCCCAGGGACACCCUGGAUCCCUCUGAAGCAGCAAAUGGAAGAACCAAAAUUGUUAUUCUAUGGGGAAGAAGAGGGGCAGGAGCAUGUGUAAUGGGCAGCACCACCACUACCACUGUGGGUAAUUAAAAAAAAAUUGUUUACAGGAAAUGACACAAAUUUGCAGUUAUGCACGGAGGUUCUGCUGCCUGCUCCAUCCCCGCAGCCCCACACAGGGAGGGCAGGGCCAGGACCGGCUCUCCAAGCUCCAGAUGUGAGCAUCCUGGCUCAGGAGGCAGCAUGCUGAAAUGGCCUUGGGAUGAGCCCAGCACCUCUUCUGCUCCACGAGGAACUGACUGCAGGCCUUGGUGUGGGGUUGACUCUGAUGUUGCACCCUCUCCAGCACCCUCUGCCUGAAUCCCACUCUUAAAGGGCCAGAUCCCUGCCCCCAGCUCUGUCCCAGCCCCGAUCUGGCUGUGGGAGGGAAAGGAUUUCCUUAGCUCACCAGAUGGGUAUUUUAAUUAAUACUGUUGUUAUUUCCAUAUGUCUUUCAUGUUUAAGUGCUGUGGUGGGUGAGAGGUGUGAGCGACAGCACGGGGACAGCAUGCAGGGAAGUGGGUGCUAGGGGCAAGCUGGGGGGUUGGCACCCUCCACCCAGGACCCUGGGGGGGGCGGCUGUGCCCCCUUUUGAUGCUUGCUUGAGCAGUGCUCUGCCAUCAUUGCACCCUGCUUGUGCCCUGUGGUGGAGGCUGUUGGGUGCAAUGCAAUGCAGUGCAGUGCAAUACAAUGUAAUGCAACGCAAUGCAAAGGCAGCUCAGUGCGUGGCUAGGUGAGCCCUGGGAGUGGGCUUUGUGGUGAGGAGCCGUGGGUGUGGGCUCUGUGCUGUGUCAGAGGUGCAGCGGUGGGAACGGAAGAACGGGGGCUGCCAAAUCCCAAGCUUUGCAACCGGGAGAUGCUCGAGGCCUUCUGCCUGACACGCAGAGCAGAGUGGGGAAAGGAAAUAAAGCCGGUUCCUUUAAGAGGGUUUUUCGCCGCCUGGCAGCGCCGUCCGAGCAGCCAAUUCCCACCGUCCCGACACACAGCGGCAGCCGAGACAGCGCCGGCGGUGGGGGGCACCGACGGGUCCGGGGCACCAAUACGGGAGCGGAUAACUGCACGGAACCGGUCCUCCCACCUCACCGCCCGCCCCGGCCCUGCCCAGCCCAGCCCAGCCCUACAGAGGGAUGGGGAGCGCAUCCCGGCUGGGGACCCGCGGGGGCAGCGCUAAGCCCGGGGAGCGGCACUGAGCAGCGGCCGCCGCCCGUUCUCCUCCCCCGCGGUCCAUCGGUGCGCGCCGGGGGCUGCGGGCGCUCGGCCCCGCCGCGGGCAUCGCCCCUUUGUCCGCAGGGGGGUGGGGGGGAAGCGGCGGCGGUGGCGCUGCGGCAGUGCGAGGAGCGGCGGAGGCUGCGGGGAGCGGAGCUCGAGCUCGUACAGGGCCGAGGCUGGCUGUUUUCCAGCCCUGAAAGAGAUCUGUCUGCAUCGGGGAGAGGGCUGGGAAGAUCUCGGCGCAGCUCCUCGCGAGGCCAUCCUCCCCUUCCAGGGGAUUGUGUGUGUGCAUUGCAGCUGCGGCGAGGAGCUGCCUGCAGCCUGCGGCUCAGCAAAAUAGCAGCACGAUGGCAGAGAAAGGCAUGGAUCCUGCGUGCGUCUCCAUCGCCCUGGAGGACACGGUUUGCCACGCCGGCCCCCCGGACGCCCCGCUCCUCACCACCCAUUUGAAGAAGGUGGAGAACCACAUCACAGAGGCUCAGAGGUUUUCCCACCUCCCGAAACGCUCAGCUGUCAACAUCGAGUUCAUUGACCUGUCCUACUCCGUGCGCGAGGGCUCCUGGUGGAGGAAGAGAGGCUACAAGACCCUCCUCAAAUGCCUGUCAGGGAAGUUCUGCCAACGAGAGCUCAUUGGGAUCAUGGGGCCAUCAGGUGCCGGCAAGUCCACGCUGAUGAACAUCCUGGCUGGCUACAGGGAGACGGGAAUGAAGGGUCAGAUCCUGGUGAACGGGCGGCCGCGGGACCUGCGCACCUUUCGCAAGAUGUCCUGUUACAUCAUGCAGGAUGACAUGCUGCUGCCACACCUCACCGUGCUGGAGGCCAUGAUGGUCUCUGCUAACCUGAAGCUGAGCGAGAAGCAGGAGGUGAAGAAAGAGCUGGUCAAUGAGAUCCUGACAGCCCUGGGGCUGCUGGAGUGCUCCUACACCCGCACCAUCUCGCUGUCGGGUGGGCAGCGCAAGCGCCUGGCCAUCGCCCUGGAGCUGGUGAACAAUCCUCCAGUCAUGUUCUUCGAUGAGCCCACCAGUGGUCUGGACAGUGCCUCCUGCUUCCAGGUCGUCUCCCUGAUGCGCUCCCUGGCUCAGGGCGGCCGCACCAUCAUCUGCACCAUCCACCAGCCCAGCGCCAAGCUCUUUGAGAUGUUUGACAAGCUCUACAUCCUUAGCCAGGGCCAGUGCAUCUUCAAAGGCGUCGUGACCAACCUCAUUCCUUACCUGAAGGGCCUUGGGCUCCAUUGCCCCACGUACCACAACCCCGCUGACUUCAUUAUCGAGGUGGCCUCAGGAGAGUAUGGGGACCUCAACCCCGUCCUGUUCCGUGCUGUGCAGAAUGGCAUGUGCACCAUGGCAGAGAAGAAGAGCAGCCCCAACAAGGCGGACUCAUCGUGCCCGGCGCACUGUGUGACGGAUGUGGACCACAUCGAGAGCCACACAUUCGCCACCAACACCUCCACCCAGUUCUGCAUCCUCUUCAAGAGAACCUUUAUCUGCAUCCUGAGGGACACGGUGCUGACCCACCUGCGCUUCAUGUCCCACAUCUGCAUCGGGGUGCUGAUCGGGCUGCUCUACCUGCACAUCGGCAACGACGCCGGCAAAGUCUUCAACAACACUGGCUUCCUCUUCUUCUCCAUGCUCUUCCUCAUGUUCGCUGCGCUGAUGCCCACCAUCCUCACCUUCCCCCAGGAGAUGUCUGUAUUCCUGCGAGAGCACCUGAACUACUGGUACAGCCUGAAAGCCUAUUACCUGGCCAAGACCAUGGCAGAUGUGCCCUUCCAGGUGAUCUGCCCCAUUGCCUACUGCAGCAUCGUGUACUGGAUGACAGGCCAGCCUCCCGAGGCCACGCGCUUCCUCCUCUUUUCUGCCCUGGCCACCGCCACUGCUUUGGUGGCCCAAUCCCUUGGGCUUCUCAUCGGUGCUGCUUCCACCUCCCUGCAGGUAGCCACUUUUGUGGGACCCGUCACUGCCAUCCCUGUCCUGCUCUUCUCGGGCUUCUUUGUCAGCUUCAAGACCAUCCCCACUUACCUGCAGUGGAGCUCCUAUGUCUCCUACGUCAGGUAUGGUUUUGAAGGCGUCAUCCUCACCAUCUAUGCCAUGGAGCGCGAGGACCUGGAGUGCCUCGAGGACUUCUGCCCUUUCCAAAAACCCAUCAAGAUCCUGCAGGAACUGGACGUGGAGGAGGCCAAGCUCUACCUGGACUUCCUCAUCCUGGGCAUCUUCUUCAUCAUCCUGCGGCUCCUGGCGUACCUGGUGCUCAGGUACAAAGUCAAGUCGGAGAGAUAAAGGGGCCACAGGACCCCAGAGCUGCCCCUGGGCUUGAGCUGCUGCAUGGCAGCCAUGGACCACGUUGGUAGGUGCCAGCCAGGCCUGGCUCAGUCGAGAAGGGUUUUGAGACAUCUCGGAACUGUUUUAACCUUUCCACGCACUCUUCAUGGCAAACGUUUUGUACAGCCCCACCACGUGUCCCCCCCGUUCUGCCUCACCCCACGGAGCUGCAUCCCUUCACUCAACCUGCCUGCCUGUGGGGGAUAGCAGGGAUGGUCCCAUGGAGGCAGAGAGAAGCAGGAGAAGGAGAGGCGCUGGGGGUCCGAGCCACGUGGGGACACACACAGAGCCAUCGCAUAGAGAAGAGCCCCAAGCC